GUUCCUCUGCCUUGGAAUUUUAGUUUUUACGAGAUCAUUUUAUUUUAGCAGGUUAAGCGUGUGACUAAGGACUAUUCUUAUCUUCAUGCGGAUAAAACCACACCCUUAUCUAUGCCAAACUCUUCCUUGCGUUUUCAUCCCAUCCUUUGGGAAUUCUCCUUUAUCAGACAGAAAGAAGAAAGAAUUUUCAUUGCAGAUUAGUGAUUGGUAGUGAAUUUCAAAGAGGCUUUAUGACACUCCUGCACCAGACUUAAAAUUGCCGUGUAUAGGAUUCUAAUUUGCACUUAAGUAGAAAUGACAACUCUAGCAGCAAUCAAUGCUUUAGUGGAUAGCUCCUUUACCAGUUUAAGCAUUUCUUCUAAACCAUCCCCCAUUUCUUGUUCUCCGGUUGUUCAGAAGCCCAUCCAAAGGCAUUUAAGUAGGUUUGAUGGCCUAUCAAGGUACACCAGCAAACUUGCUUUGCUUCUUCCCAGGAGUCAGAAGAUAUCGGGGAAUGUGAAGCCUUGUGUAGUAGGUAGAGUAAGAGUGAGGGCUGUUUCAGGGUUUGCAGGGUCUCUUGUAGAAGAAGAAGAGGCAACAGAGGAAGAAGAGGCAACAGAGGAAGAAGAGGAUGGUGAGGGUGCUGUGAUUACCACUACGAAACCCAAAAAAGGAAAGGCUGCAUUGCCACUCAAGCGUGACAGAGACCGUUCAAAAAGGUUUUUGGAAAUUCAGAAGGUGCGAGUGAAGAAACAGGAAUACAGUCCUAUAACUGCUAUUAGUUUGAUGAAAGCUACUGCAAGUGCAAAGUUUGUAGAGACAGUAGAGGCCCAUUUCCGCCUCAAUAUUGAUCCCAAAUAUAAUGAUCAGCAACUAAGGGCAACAGUGAUUUUACCGAAAGGAACUGGUCAAACUGUUAGAAUAGCUGUGAUUUCACAAGGAGAAAGAGUUCUUGAAGCAGAAAAUGCAGGAGCUGAUGUGGUUGGAGGAGAAGAUUUAAUUGAAAAAAUUAAGGGAGGCUUUAUGGAAUUUGACAGAUUAAUUGCUUCCCCAGACAUGAUGCCAAAGAUUGCACCUCUGGGGAAAUUAUUGGGUCCUCGUGGACUUAUGCCAAAUCCCAAAGCAGGAACUGUCACCAUAGAUAUUCCACAGGCUAUAUCAGAAUUCAAAAAGGGUAAAGUAGAAUAUCGAGCAGAUAAGACAGGAAUUACUCAUAUUCCAUUCGGGAAGACAGACUUUGCUAAUGAGGAUCUUCUUGCAAAUCUAAUUGCCGCUGUUAAAUCUGUUGAUGCUAACAGGCCAACUGGGGCUAAGGGGAUCUACUGGAAAUCUGCCUACAUAUGUACAACAAUGGGCCCCUCCAUUAAAUUGGACGUAAAAGAACUCCGUGAAUUUAAGUUUCCAUCAUAAGAUUCAUAUAUUCAUUUUGGCUGGUAUAUAGUAUAAUCAUGCUUUGGUUUGCUAGGAAAUAUGAAUACGUACGGGAGCAAUGUCUCCUUGUACAAAAAGGAGUUGGGAUUCAUAUUAACUUGUAUUGCAGUUAGAGGAGCUGCCGCUUCUUUUUCUUCUUUCAAAUGUAUCUGGAUUAGACUGACUACUGAGUUUUUUGAGGUGUUUAAGUGUUAACAGUUGGCAUUCAACUUCACGAGAGUUUUAGCUUUCAUUUGUCGUCGUAUAACUUACUAUAUUCAUUAGGACCUAAACCGACAGGGUUUAAUUUUUUCCA